AGACUGUGCUGUGAUGAGUGAUCAAUAUGCAUUAUUCCUGAUGGACAUUGUACUUGUGAAACAAUAAGUGCCGCUGAAAUCGCAAGUUCGUCUUUCAUCAAAAACAGAGGAGCGUUACUGUACGGUGCACCUUGUCAUGCCUAGCAAGCACGGAUCCGAUUGGAUGUUUUUGUGAGGUAAAACUUUCAGCCACAGCAGGAAUGGCCGGACACGAAGACGCGCAAUCUUCGAUUAGCGGAGAAAACUCGCUGAGCUCCCCCGUUGCUUUACCGGCUACCCAGGGCAAGCCUUCGGGUCUCGAGCGUGCACAAUCCAGAUGGAUAACCGUAGAACCUGUCAUCGUUCUUGGAAUGAUGGGAUACACUUGCAUCGCUCUCGUCAAGCCGUUCUUCAUCAAAGAUAGAAUCAGCCAUUUGUACAACUACACCGAGUCGAACGAUACCCAGUGCGGAGGCCUGCACCCAGGCAAUGAUACUCUGGGCGACAAGAUACAGUCGGAGUCCUCCAUGUGGCUACUGUAUCUGAGCGCGGCCUCUGGUAUCCCUGCCAUGCUUAGCACCAUCGUCUUCUGUACCAUGAGUGACAGACUCGGCAGGAAAAUAGCCAUGGCACUACCGGCCCUCGGCUUCGCCAUCCAAGCCGCUGUGUAUGGUUUCACGAUUCACUUCAAGCUUCCCCUGGCAGUUCUGUUUGUAGGCGAUGCCAUCCAGGGCCUGACGGGAGGGUUCGGCUUGCUGUUCGCUGGCUGCAUCUCGUACCUGACUGAUGCCACGUCGAAGGAACAGAGAACCAUGAGAAUCGUGAUCGCUGAGAUGUUGACCUUUCUUGUUGGAGGGACGAAUCAACUGGGACAAGGUUAUCUCAUAACAUUCGGUUAUCUCCCUUCUCUGGCGAUUGCGUUUGGCUGUAAUGCCGCCGCACUUCUGUACCUGGGCAUUCCGUGGUUUGUGAUAGAAACAAUCGAGGGCAGUAGGUCAGACCGUAAGGAGUUCCUUGAAGUUUGGAGGAGAAUGAAGAGGCUCUUGGAGUUCAAUGAGAAUGGCCGGCGUUGGCAGAUGCUCCUCCUGGAUUUCUUCAUCUUCUUUGUUGUGGGUCAAACUAUUGGUUUCUCAUCCAUACUUGUGUUGUACGGCACGGCCAAACCUUUUUGCUGGACCCCUGCCACGGCAGGCAUCGCGUCGGCGCUUGGGUUCAUUUUGUUGUCUUUUGGGAUGUUGAUCGGUACCAAAGUCUUCUCGCUUUGUCUUGGAGACUACUGGCUGAUGCAAAUCAGCAGUCUGAGUUUGUUGGCCACUUUAAUCACCACUGCUCUGGCACAGACGACAUUGGUUAUCAACAUUGGUUCUGUUCUUGGUUCGCUUCGUGGGAUUUCUGUUCCCGUUGCACGAACAGUCCUCUCCACAAUUACACAUCCAAAUGAAAUCGGUGCCGUGUUUUCCAUAGUCGGGUGCCUGGAAAGUUUAUCCUUGUUUGUAUUUAGUCUGGCGGCUACCAGUCUAUACGCAUCAACGAUAAUGUUUCUGCCUCCCUUGACAUUCUACGUGUUUUCCGGUGUUACCGUGAUUCCGAUUGGAAUGACUUUGCUUCUUCAGCUUUACUGGCCGCGACAGAAAAAGUACACCAAGAUUGAGGUUAACGUCAAUGAGAACUAAAAAAUAUAUAUCCGUCUACGCUCAACUUUAAUGAAGAACUAACUCACUUCGGGAAUCUGUCGGUAUUUCUGUACAGGAAUUGCUCGCGGUAUUUUCCAAGAAUGGAAUGAUGCUUGAUAAAUUAAAGAUUUUUUUGAAAAUUAAUACAUUAUGUUUCUUAUAGGCCUAAAGCUAGGCAAAUAAGCACCUAUAUCGGAAUUCCAUUUUUACCACGCUGGUGAAAUGAAUCAAGUGUUUCAUAAGUCUUCAAAUGCUCUAUCUGUGAAUUUACACUAUCAAAUGUGGAAAUCAACAUAUUUUUGUUGUCAUUGUUGAUUAGUUUUAAUAAGUGGCAUCCAUCACGAUGAUGCCCCUCUUGGUUUAUGGUUUAUGUUUUUCAUAUCAUAUCACAAAACAUAAUGAACAACAGAAUGACAGAAAUGAUACGAGGGAUUACUAUCAAUAACUACACCUAGAAAUUUACAUGUUUUAACUUGUUUUAUUUGUGACAAUAAGUGACAAGCAAUCUGUGGCCAUUGAAAGUGUUCAUAAGCGUGCUGUUCGAAUCAUCACAGGUCAAAGGUAUGAUUUAUAUCUCCCAACACUGGAAUCUAGGAGAAGAGAGCUACAAUCCCGGCAAAAAUGGUUGGGAGUCUUCCUGAGCCUGCCACGGUCACCCACUCCCCCGCUCCCCCGGUCAAUGUUGUUCUCUCCAGCUGAUGGAGCACACACCGCGGAAUGAGAGACAACACUGAACGGGGGCCGGGGGGUUGGGGCCCAGCGAGAUUUGGCCAGGAUUGUAGCUCAAUUAAGUUUGUGGACAAAUUUAAUACUGGGAUAGAUUCAGUGGCAUGCUCCCACCUGGCAGAGUCAGUGUUUGCAGUAGGAAUAUGAGAAGUACCACCACUGCUGGUCUCCAAUUAACAAAGUGGCGUACCACCAGGUACAGCAGAUCCACAAUUCCUGCACCUAUACGUAUAUUUUAAUAAUAUAUCAGUAUUUGGAUUGGUUUAUCAUACUAGUUUUUUUAAGGUUAAGCAUUGAAACUGAUUUAUACUGCGAUUUUUUGUUGCACGUUUGAUGAAAACGAUCUGUUUGUUUUCCUUUUGUAUGUCUGUCUGUGUCUGUUUGUCGGGAUGGUUGUGUCUUUGUUUGUGUCGGUCAGAUGGUCAGAUCUUUCUGUGUGUAUAUUUUGUCGGUCGGUCAGUUUAUUUGUCUUUCCGCCUGUUUGUUGGUUUGUCUGUCCAUCGUUAUCUAUGCGUUUGUCAAUAUCGGUUGUCCGAUUGCUUUUGCUUUUAAAUAACGGGCAAAUAGUUUUUUUCAGUUCAUUCACUAAAGUCUUGUGUGUCUAAUGUAACUUUAAAUAUGUAUUUGUCGUUUUUUAAUGAAUGGGUUCAAUUGGUAGAAUUUAUCCUUUUCACUCCAUGUUAUUGUGCAAUGUCAUCCUUGUGGCUGUCUGUUUCGAAUGUUUAAUAAACUCGAGUAAUAAUAAUAAAAAUGA